AUGAUUUUCUGGUAUCUGCUUCUUACACUGCUUGCAGUGCCUCCAACGAUAUCCCAGCACCAUCCAGGGGAUCAGACAGUCUUUGCCCACUUUAUCGUGGGAAACGCGGCCGCCAUGACACCUGAACAGUGGGAGUGUGAUAUCAUUGAGGCGCAGAAGGCUCACAUUGACGGCUUUGCCAUGAACAUUGGUCCUCAGGAUGACUAUACCGAUCGAGUUCUCCACAUGGCGUAUGAUGUAGCUGAAAGAAUUGGCAAUUUCUCCAUGUUUCUUUCUUUUGACUAUGGAUCUGCUGGGCCCUGGCCUAUUGAUCGGGUCAUUGACCUGAUCAAUACUUACAAGAACCGGCCCGCGCAAUUCAUAUACCAGAACAAGCCGAUGGUGUCCACAUUUGAGGGUGCUGAUAGUGCAGAAGAUUGGCGAACCAUCAAAGCAGCAACCGGAUGUAUGUUCAUUCCCAAUUGGACGAGCCUGGGGCCCGCGGGGAUGUCGAGCGUCUGGGAUAUCAUUGACGGUGCCUUCAGCUGGGAUGCCUGGCCCAUUGGAGCCCAGGAUAAGGAUACCGGUAGUGACGAAGAGUGGAAAAGAGCUUUGGCUGGAAAGCCGUAUAUGAUGCCUGUGGCCCCUUGGUUCUACACCAACCUCCCUCAAUGGGAGAAAAACUGGCUCUGGCGUGGUGAUGAUCUCUGGCACUACCGCUGGCGGCAAGUCAUGGAUGUCCAGCCGACUUUUAUCCAGAUCCUCACUUGGAAUGACUACGGGGAAGCACAUUACAUCGGCCCAAUCUACAAAUCUGGAGUCCCUGAUGGCGCUAUGCAUUAUGUUUCUGGUCAUCCUCAUGAUGCCUGGCGAGCUCUUUUACCUCACUAUAUCGAUGCUUACAGGCGGAAGCAGCCCAGACAUUUCCCCAUGAGCAACCCCAGAUAUCCCAUGUCAUAUGGUGAUAAGCUCGUUUACUGGUACCGUUUGAACCCCAGCAGUGCUGGCAACACUGGUGGAACCACUGGCAACAACCCUGGCAUGGGUCAGCCUGAAUUGCCUCCUGGAGAGGUCUCUCAAGAUCGUGUUUUCGUGAGCGCGAUGGUCCCGGAACCAAGCGACGUUUACAUUCACAUCGGCUCAAAUCCGCCUACCAGACUUUGGGCGCAAUUUCCCGGGAUCAAUCAUUUUUCUGUACCUUUCAAUGGACAUACUGGUCCUGUGAAGAUUGCCAUUGUGCGAAAUCAGCAGGCAGUGAAGUUGGUUGAUGGGCCGCCCAUCACUGACCAGUGUGCAGCUGGCAUGGUGGAUUGGAACGCUUUUGUAGGAUCGAGCGAGUAG